UCGACGAAAACGAAAAUGGCUCCUGCCGUAAGCACAACCAAUGGGAAAACAAAGCAAAGAAUGCAAGAAGAAAUUGGCAUCAGAUAUUGUAGACCGACGUAGACACGGUUGCGCCGCCGUAGUUGAUAGUACAAACCAACAGACCCGUCUUAGGUUUCGAUUCGUGUGAAAUUCUAACUCCUUCAGUUGAGUUCUCGGGGGAUUUUGAAGGUAUUUUUCAAAUAAGAACUGGAGAAUUCCCAGGUUUUUACUUCUAUUCAACCCCUGUUCUUGAACACCACAAAUUGCAAAUCGUUCUACAUAUAUGUGUAAACAUGUAUGAUUGCUGUCAUUGCUAUGAGAGCUAAGAUGCUUGCAAUUCUUGGAAUUCAUUACUCAAAACUGCAUAUUGCUGUUGCACACUGUCAGACUAUUGAGUCAUGGGUAGAAGGAAGCAAGUUCGGCCACAUAGGUCCGGGGGAAUACUAGAAAGGCAGUCUUCUGAAGCAGAAUUUAAGAAAGAUGAUGACUCGCAGCCAAGAAAGGCUGACUUGAUCGAUGUUGAAGAACCCUUUUAUGUUGAGGUUGAAAGGUCUAGCUGGGAUUCCGAGGAGCAUUAUGAUGUCUCAGAAAUUGUUUUGGUGAAUUUGAUGGUGAAUGAGGAGUUUUAUGGUUAUAAGCUGACUGAGGAGUUAUAUAGGGACUCAAGGUGCUUCUUGCGGUUUAGGUUGAGUAAUGUGAAUGAGCAUCUUGGUCGUAUGAAAUUAGGGCAUUGGCCAGUUUUGUCUGAAAGUAACACGUGUUUGCAGUUUGUGAUGAAAUGCACAGCGGAGAGUGGGGAGAGGGAUGUUGUGAUGGUGUCUGGAGUUAUUGAUGGGACGGACGAAGGUGUCACAGGUCUUGUUUAUUUGUGUAGUUUGAAGUACUUGACAGUUCGGCCAAUUUUACGAAUUGAGCUCUUGGAGGCCAUGCAAUCCAUACGUAUCCGGGUCGAGAUUCUGAAGAGUUUGUUUGAUGAGUGUGAGUCCCUUCUCGAUAAUGCAAGGCAGCUCUGGAAACGAAGUAUGAUGAGUGUUAUGGCAUGGCUGCGGCCUGAAGUUAUGACUUCAGAAGCUAGAUAUGGAUAUAGUGUUGUGGAAAACAUGGAUCUUGAUGCACCUGCUAUGGCCAAUGUUGAUUCCUCUGCUUCAAGAAUACAAAUGAGUUUUGGAGUUCAUCUCUACUCAGGGUCACCAAUGAUUUUUUACAACAGGGAGGCGCCAAUGCUGGAGGAUCACCUCCCCGACUUGCUUCCUGAACUACGUCCUUACCAGCGUCGUGCAGCUUACUGGAUGGUACAACGAGAGAAGGGUGAUUUUGCACAUUUAGGUGGAGAUGAAAGAAGUCAGAUCGUUUCUCCUCUAUGUAUGCCUCUAAAUUUGAUCGACACCUCUAGAAGAAUUUAUUACAACCCUUUUAGUGGAAAUGUUUCAUUGCACGCGAGCUGCUCCUCAUCGUAUGUUUCUGGUGGAAUUCUUGCUGAUGAGAUGGGCCUUGGGAAAACGAUUGAGCUGCUCUCUUGUAUUUUUGCUCAUCGGAUGCCAUCAUCUGAAGUUGCUGCUGGUUCUUGUAAGACAACGCAAGUCGAAAGGUUUCAAAAGAAUAACUUGAAAAGACUGAAAAGGGAGCGGGUUGAGUGCUUAUGUGGUGCUGUCACUGAAAGCUACAGGUAUAAAGGUUUGUGGGUUCAGUGUGACAUUUGUGAUGCUUGGCAACAUGCAGAUUGUGUUGGAUAUUCAGCAAGAAGAACACCUUCAAAACCUGGGCAAGUUGCUGGAGGAGAAAACUGUCAAGAGAACUCAGUUGGCCGCCCAAGGAAGUAUACAAAGAGAAAUAAUGAUACUAAAAUAGUUGAGAUGGACGGAGAGUAUAUAUGUCAGACGUGCUCCGCGCUGAUCCAGGUCACAGAAUCUCCAAUUGCUUCUGGUGCAACUCUUAUUGUUUGUCCAACUCCUAUAUUGCUCCAGUGGCAUGCUGAAAUUCUCCGUCAUACAAAUCCUGGGUCAUUGAGAAUAUGUGUUUAUGGGGGAGUUAGACAUACUUCCUUCUCCGAUGAACCAGUUACUGACAUCGAUGAACUUCUAAGUGCUGACAUUGUCUUGACAACUUACGAUGUGCUUAAAGAGGAUUUACCACAUGAUUCUGAGAGACAUGAAGGGGAUCGCCGCAUUAUGAGAUACAAGAAGAGAUACCCAGUUGUUCCAACUCUUCUAACCAGAGUGUUUUGGUGGAGAAUAUGUUUGGAUGAAGCUCAAAUGGUGGAGGGUAAUGCUGCUGCAGCAACUGAAUUGGCACUGCGUCUACAUGCUAAACAUCGCUGGUGUAUAACAGGGACUCCCAUACAACGGAAACUCGAUGACCUAUAUGGACUUUUGAGAUUUCUUCAGUCAAGUCCAUUUGAUGUUCUACGAUGGUGGACUGAUGUUAUUUCUAAUCCAUAUGAGAAGGGAGAUGUAGCAGCAAUGACUUUCACGCAUAACUUCUUUAAACAACUUAUGUGGCGCUCCUCAAAAGCACAUGUUUGGGAUGAGUUACAACUUCCUCCUCAGGAGGAAUGUGUAUUUUGGCUUUCUCUGUCACCAAUUGAAGAGCACUUCUAUCAGAGGCAACAUGAAACUUGUGUGGAUGAUGCCAGGGAAGUGAUUGAAGGCUUUAAGGAUGAUGUUAGUAAGAAACAAGCAGCAGAUUCCAUGUCAUCUGACACUUCAUCUGGACCUUAUAUCACCAAUAUGGAGGCUGCAAAGCUGUUCAACUCUCUCCUAAAGCUUCGUCAAGCCUGCUGCCAUCCUCAAGUUGGAAGUUCUGGUUUACGUUCCUUGCAGAAGUCUCCCUUGACCAUGGAAGAGAUAUUAUCGGUUCUUAUUGGCAAGACAAAGGUAGAAGGCGAGGACGCCCUUAGGAAAUUAGUUGUUGCAUUGAAUGGACUUGCUGGUAUAGCUAUCAUCAAGCAAGAUUUUCCUGGAGCUGUAUCAUUGUAUAAAGAGGCAUUGGACUUGGUUGAAGAGCACUCUUGUGAUUUCCGCUUGGAUCCCUUGUUGAACAUUCACAUUCAUUAUAAUCUUGCUGAAGUAUUGCCACUCACUGACAAAAGCUUACAACAGAUGUCCGUUUCAGGGAGCUCUGAAAACUUGCCCUCUGGAAUUUGUAAUAUGGACGAAAAAGAUGAUCAUGCUAGGAGAAGAAAAGAAAGGAUUAGAUAUGAUCCCAGUCCUAAAAUAAUUUCUGAUAAUUCAAUUUGCCUUCCGUCAUGCUUGUUGAGAAUCGGUGACUCAAGCUCUGAUAUUCAGCCACAUGCAUCAACAGUCCAACGUUUGAGGGCUGCAUGCGAAGAUCUAAAACAGAAGUUCUUGUCAGUAUUUACUUCAAAGUUAUCCCUUGCUCAACAAGAGUUCACAAAAUCAUAUGAACAGGUAUGUGAUGCUUUUAUCAAAAGGAAAAAUCUGCAUACAACUUGGUGGUUAGAUGCCCUUCAUUACAUUGAACAAAAUAAGGAUUCAUCUAGUGUGCUGAUCCAAAAGUUAGGAGAAGCUCUUUCUGGUAAUUGGAACAAGAAAUCCAGAAUUCCUGCCAGCUUCCGCAGCAUAACAGCUCUAAAAUACUACAUUCAAACUGGUUUGGAUGCUCUGGAAGAGUCAAGAAGAACUUUACUUGAUAGACUCUUGGAAAUUGACCAGACAAUGGAAAAUCCUAGGGAGGUGGAUAUUGCACGUGUGAGAUACUGUAAAAAGUGCAAUUCUAACCAUGAUGGUCCUGCAUGUACCCAUUGUGAGUUGGAUGAAGUAUUUCAGGCUUAUGAAGCUAGGCUCUUUCGCCUUAACAAAAGCACUAAUGGAGAGGCGAUUACAUCUGCUGAAGAGGCAGUGAACCUCCAAAAGAAGAAGUCUGCUCUGAAUCAUUUUUAUUGGAAUUUGUCACGGGAAGACAAAACUUCAACGUUGUCUGCUUCUGACGACAAAGAUAAUGGAAAGAAGAGGGAUGUAGGGGAGAAAGUGACGGUCUCAAAGUCACCCUCUGAUUUGGAAAUUGUGCUGACAAUAAUCAGAAACAACUCCAGGGGAUACUUAGAAAGAGAGAUAAUUUCAGCAGCCAGAAAGCAGCUUGAACUUCUUGAAGCAAUGCGCAAGGAGUAUGCCCAAGCAAGGUCUUUGGCAAUCGCUCAGGCGCAUGUUUUGCGUGCUCAUGAUGAAAUAAAGAUGGCAACCUCGAGAUUACGCCUUAGAGAAAACGAGGAUGAUAAAUCUAUUGAUGCUUUGAGUCCAGAAGAGUUAGAUAUAGCUAGUGUUGAAAAUUCUAGUGAAAAGUUUCUGGCGCUGGAUUCCUUGUCACGUAUAAAAGGACAACUUCGCUAUUUGAAGGGUUUGGUACAAUCUAAUCAAAACAUGAAAUCGGAAAGCUUCGAUGCUUCAACAGUAACUGAAGUGGCAGCGGUCUCAGCAAAUGGAUGCAUAGCUAAAGCAGAUGCAGAAUCAUGCCCGGUUUGUCACGAGCAGCUUGGUAAUCAGAAAAUGGUUUUUCAAUGUGGACAUGUCACAUGCUGUAAAUGUUUGUUUGCAAUGACUGAGAGAGCACGGAUUCCACCUGGAAAAUUCCAUAAUAAUGAUAGGAUAAUAUGCCCAACAUGCCGGAGACCAACUGAUUUUGGAAAUAUAGCACUUGCGGAUGAUAGACAAAAUGAAUCAUGCGGCACUUAUGACAGAUCUGAAUCUUCAAUAAUUGUCCAAGGUUCAUAUAGUACAAAGAUUGAAGCAGUGACAAGGAGAAUAUUAUGGAUUAAAUCUACGGAUCCCAAGGCAAAGAUUCUUGUUUUUUCCAGUUGGAAUGAUGUCCUUGAUGUGUUACAACAUGCCUUCAUUGCUAAUAACAUAAGCUACAUCAGGAUGAAAGGAGGAAGGAAAUCACAAAUUGCCAUCAGCCACUUCAGGGGACAACAGAAGAGCAAUGCUAAAGAGAGCAGUAAGACCACAGAAGAUAAAGCAGACACGAAUUCUCCCCAGGUACUAUUGCUCUUAAUUCAACAUGGAGCCAAUGGGCUAAAUCUUUUGGAGGCUCAGCAUGUCAUUCUAGUGGAGCCACUUCUGAAUCCAGCAGCUGAAGCACAAGCGGUUGGCAGGGUGCACCGAAUUGGACAGCAGCAUAAAACACUCGUUCAUCGUUUUAUAGUGAAAGAUACAGUCGAGGAAAGCAUAUACAAAAUGAACAAGAGUAGGAAUACGAGUUCAUUUAUAAGUGGGAACAGAAAGAACCAAGAUCAGCCUUGCUUGACACUCAGGGACGUCGAGUCCUUAUUCAGAGUAGCACCUGGCACCAUUGCAGAGGAUCGAACGCCUACUGGAAGCUUGAGAGAUCUGCCACCUUCCAUAGCUGCUGCGAUUGCUGCUGAAAGAAGAUUAAUGGAAGGGGAAAAAUAACAGUAGUACAAGCGGGACGGAGAGCAUCCCACAAUCCAGACCAGGAAAAUACUUGCCUACAGUGAUCUACACCGGAUGUUUAACACCAAACAGUGACGACUGCGCUAGGUCAGCACACCGUGGAUCCGACCACCAAUGUGGCAUCUUUUUCACCGUUUGGUUGGCAGAACAAAUAAGCAAGUUUAGUUUGUAUAUAUAUAUUAGGACAUACGUUUCACAUUCUUUUUGUAGAUUUAAAUGAGUUAUAUAUUUAAACCAAAAUAAUUUUAUUGUA